AUGGCCAGACAGCCCAAGAUAUCACCGUAUUUCCCCAACAAACCCCGCAGCGGCGCCUCCUGUCUCCCAUUCCCUCCAAUAUCGGCCACCUCCUUCGGAUUAAUCCAAGAGAAACUGGCCCAUGACCCAUUCCGCCUGCUGAUCGCGACCAUUUUCCUCAACCGGACUCGCGGUGAAGUCGCCAUUCCUGUGCUAUACAAUGUUUUUGAGAGGUAUCCUACUGUAUCUGCCCUUGCAGAGGCACGGGAGGAAGAUGUGGUUACAAUGAUACGCUGUCUGGGUUUGCAGAACGCCCGUGCCCGGAAAUGUAUUAAUCUCGCGAAGCUCUGGAUCGAAAAUCCCCCAGUCAAAGGGAAACGGUACAGAAAAUUACAUUAUCCCAACAAAGGAGAUGGACUAGAUAUAAAACCCGGGGAAUGCGUGGAUGAUGGUGAUUCUCGAGUUGCCUGGGAAAUUGCCCAUAUUCCAGGUUUGGGCUCCUAUGCCCUUGAUAGCUGGCGAAUUUUUUGUCGGGAUGAGCUGAGGGGCCUUGCGAUUGAUUGGAAGGGCACAGAGGCAUCUGGUGAAUUCGUGCCCGAAUGGAAAUCAGUUGUCCCCAAGGACAAAGAGUUGCGGGCGUAUGUAGCUUGGAUGUGGCUAAAGGAGGGAUGGGAAUGGGAGAAGGAAACAGGCAACAGAAGGAGGGCAAGCAGGAAGCUCCGGCUUGCGGCGCUGAAGGGGGGGAUUAUUGUUGAAACGUAUGGGAGAUGGCUUCUUGAGACUCCGACUGUGGAAAAAUCAGCAUAUUUUGAAAAGACAGUUCAGGGUAACUAA